AUGGGUGAGGAAAUCACGGACAAUUCUACAGUCGUCUUCAGCGAGGAGCACCCACCUACGGCCAGGGCAAUUGAGGCCUUUAAGGAGGUAGAGAAGAAGAUCAAGUCUGAGAUCAUCGCGAGCAGGCGAAGAUGGGAUGGACAUGAGCCUAGGAUGUGGUCUCGUGCGGCUGGCGUAUCCGAUACGGAUCUGACCAAGUUUGACGUUAUCACGGAUCUUGUUUCGGUUCGUGCAGGUCCAACGACCUAUGGAGUCAUUAUUCUUGGCAAGAUCCGCCUCCCCGCUAUCAACGACGACCAAGGCGAGGGAUUCAUCCAUGUUCGCAUCCAUGAUCCCCCGAACCAGGGCACGGAGGAUGUUGUAUUCCACUCCUUGUUCACCGAUGAGGGAAAGAGAGAUGCGGAUGGCAAGGCAGAACGCUACGUUGCGAUCCAAACCAACGACGUUCCCCUCGAAUUUUUCAAUGAAUAA